CUCACCAUCAAUCACUCGUGCCACUGCACCUACACUCUUGCAUUGCCCAGGGAGGACCAUUUCUCUGUCGACCACCUUCAGCAUGUGCUGAUACUGUGCCUGCGCUCUCCUUCAAGAGCACCCCUAUACCCUUCGCCACCUCCAUUGUGCACCGUCGCCCGUCAAUCAUGGAGGUUCAGCAUCUCUCGUCUCCCGGGCUCCUUGCGGGUGACAACUCCGAGCAACCAAAUUUUGACACGGCCGCCGAUGGCAGGAUUGAGAUGGCACAGGAAGACAUAGACGCGAUCAUAAGGAACAAGAGGAAGGUUAGAGAUCCAAAAGCCUGCUAUGCCUGCCAUCGCCGAAAAGUCAAAUGUGACCGUAACUUGCCCUGCGACUCCUGCAUCAAGCGAGACCAUCCCGAGCUAUGUUCCUACGAACGUCCGACUAAGAAGCGGCGUAUCGCAUUGCCGGGGCCCAUGGGUCAGAAUGAGGGGACACCAUUUGACGGUCAUGAUCCAGCGCUACAGACUGGGCCGAAUGUCACCGUGCCGCGUGAGCAGUGGGAACGCAUGAACAGGGAAUUGCAAAGAUUGCGUACGCAGGUCAAGAGUGAAUCCUUAUCCCCUGGAGGACCGCACACAGAGACCGACGAUCCCAACACUGCGGGCACACACAGUCGUUCCGAUGAAGCAGAAAGAGAGGGAAUACAUGCUCCCAGCAAUCAGAUGGGCACUAUGCAUCUGGGUUCCAGAUCUGUCCUUGCGUACAUGAUGGCUUUGGGAAGAAGUCAGACGACGCAAGACACCGCGAGGUCUCUUCUCGAAGAAAACAUUUUACCAAAACUGGGUCUUGACAAUGAAAGCGCCACCUAUCCUUUCGUCGAUUUAUGGAGUACCGCUUCUAGUAUGCAAGACGUUAGUGGCUUGUGUAAAGCAAUUCCGGACGAUGAGCUGUGCCGAGAAUUUUUUGUCGCUUACAGAGAUGUCGCAGGCACCAUCUAUCCCGUCGUGCCUGAUGCCGCCAGCUUCGAGGAUACACUGACCUUCAUGCUUUCAAAUCGAGCUCGCGCUCUUCGCGACCAUCUCGAACUUGACCCGAACAAGCCGUAUGGGGUUUCUUUGCCUUGGCUUUCACUGGUUUUCGCCGUGUUCGCCUCAGGGUCGCAAUGUGCUGAUAGACCGGCCAAGGAAAGGGAGCUUACCUCACAAGUCUACAUAUGUUGCUCUUAUCAGGCGCUGCGUAUGUCGAAUUUUCUGACUCAUCCUUGUCUGGAGACUAUCGAGGCUUCUCUUAUCAUCGGCAACGUACUGUCAUACAACAUGAAUCCUGGCGUGGCGUACAUAUUCCUGGGGAUGACGUUACGCAUGGCGUUCUCCAUCGGCCUCCAGAUCAAUUCGAACCAUUUCACCGAGGCUGAGAAGUGGACUCGCCGACGCAUCUGGUGGGCACUUGCGUGGCAGGAUUCGCAUUUUGCGGUCAGCUACGACAGGCCGACCUCGAGCGUCUUGUGCAUUCCAGACAUACCAUAUGGUAAAUUCAGCUCGCCAGGAGAUCGAAGCUAUGCUGAGAGCAUGUUUGCCAUCAUCAGACUCACUCAACAAAUCGUCCGUGAGCGCUUACUCCACCCUCGUUCUUACAUGACGUGGGACACGAUUCGAAAACACACCGACGAGAUCGCUAGCAUCGUUGCACAAGCGGCGGCUCACCUACGGGACCGAAAUCAAUGCUACACAAUGACCCAACAUCUCGAACGUCUAGCCUUGAAACUUCAUAGUUCCUACAUCAUCAGUGAAUUAUGUCGACCAGCAUUGAAGGAACCAUCUUUCUCAUCCGUUGAUGGAGGCAUCGUCUCUACGCCCUCUCUGUCUCCAGGCGGACGCCGCAACACUUCACAGGGGCCGUCACAGUCGGGGCUGUCCACUCCGGUCUUGGAUCCCACUUCACGAGCACAGUUUCGGCGUGAAUGUGUCCAAGCUCUAGAAGGAGCUGUUGCUGCGUAUGUGGAGAUACAUAGCUUGAGCAAGUUUGCGGCACGUUCUUGGAUUGGGAUUCAACGCGCAAUUUCAGCAGCAUUCUUAUUGGGUACCCUGCCCGAUACCGGCCAAGAUCCCCAAAGACUGACGCUUCUGCGGGAUCUUGAACGAGUGAUAGGCCAAAGGACCACGGAAGAUCCGACGUUUGAUUUGCAACCUCAGGACGCCCCUGCGACACGGCGCCUUUCCGCUCCUGAACCACCACCAUUGGCCGACUCCCCCCACUGGGUACGCAGUAUGGCCAAAUCGCUCAAUGCGCUUGGAAAGCUGAACGCCGCUUUAAAUGGGCCCAAACCUAGUCCUGCUAAAUAUCCAUAUCCCUCCAACUCCAACGGACAAUCGGGCUCGGGAAACAUCUUACUGAAUAUAGGAAGCAAUUCCAAUUCCUCACAGACUCAAUCCAAGUCCCUCUACCCAGGCAUCACGAAUCUGAAGCAGGAGCCAUAUUCGCCAGCGCUCGCAACCAGCGGCAUUCUUGGCGUGGGCAGUGCUGGCAUGGGUAUGGGCUCCGGAGGCAUGAGCAUGGGUCCGAUUACGCCAGACAGCACAGGCUCCUCGAGCGACUGGAAUUUCAAUAACCUGCACGAACGAGCGGCUGAAUAUGUUCAAGCGCCGCUCUGGGGCGACGGCGGAGCUGGCACUUAUAUGGCUUAGAGAGGGUGUUCUUGUGCCCGGUCAUUCGUUGUUCAUGAUUAAGGCUGUAUCGAACAGUCUUCAACAUGACUUGAGGUGCAUUUGUAGGCUAUAUGACCCCGAUUGACGACACCGAGUGAGCCGAGAAGCUAGCACAACCCCGCAUGAAUAUGACUAGCAUGAUGAAAUGUAUGAUUGAUGCAGACUGCAAGGCCUCCAGCAAACUGCGAGGGCGUGAUGGGACCACUUGGGUUGAUGAAGAGGUCCGCUCGCUGUGUCACGCUUCAUCAGAUAUGCAGUUCCCAUUCCAAGUAUUUGGACAAACCCCCGAUGUCUUG